AACUUGAUCCAGGAUUGAUACUGAUUCUAUAUGUGAUAACCCCACCCUGGAGGCCUUGAUGUAAGGCUGGUAAUAUGUUUAAAUUCAUACGGUAUAUCAUUGCGCUCCCAUCCUCUGUCUGCACAUGACCUGGUUUAAGGGCGAAUUGCAGCCAGAAUCGAUGCGGCCAAGUUGCCAUCAAUGUUGCUGCCCGAACAGCUGAAGAGACGUGCGCGCCCACGCCGAGACGGAGCCAGACCAGUAUGCGCCGCGACGGGAGCAGUAUUGAGCAAAGAUCCUGGUAUUGAGUUCCCAAGCGGGGAGUGGGAAAGGGCGUGGACGACGGACGACUUGCUGAGCCUUCUGUGAGUGCCCAGAGAGAUGGAGUAGCGCAGACAGACAGACAAACAGAGAGAGAGGGAGGGAGGGAGUGAGUCCUGGCAGCGAUAAGCCCAGGCAGGCAGGGCUCGGGGACGAGCAAAGGAAACAUUGCCUGGCCGCGGACAAAGACACUUCCCUUACAAGGUGGAUUGCAGCAGCGAGCUACAUUGCACGUAACCAUCAAGAUCGGGGACAUCAGAAUAUUACAUUUGGAAGUGAUUUCACAUAUUUGAUUGACCAAAUAUGAUCGAAGGAAUACAGACGAAAAAGGUGGAGAAGAAGCGUACGCGGAAAUGGCAGAAACUGCCCGGCAGAAACACCUUCUGUUGCGAUGGCAGGAUCAUGAUGGCCCGGCAGAAGGGAGUUUUCUACCUCACCGUCUUCCUCAUCGUGGGAACCAGUGCGCUGUUCUUUGGGUUUGAGUGUCCGUACUUGGCAAUUCAUCUUUCCCCUGUCAUUCCUGUGUUUGCAAUUAUCCUCUUCAUCUUUGUGAUGGCCAUGCUAUUGCGCACCAGUUUCAGUGACCCUGGCGUACUCCCACGUGCUGAAGCAGAUGAGGCUGCGUUCGUGGAGAUGGAAAUAGAAGCGGCAAAUGGCAAUGUUCCGGUGGGUCAACGGCCACCACCCAGAAUCAAAGACAUUCAGAUCAACAAUCAGAUUAUCAAACUGAAAUAUUGCUACACUUGCAAGAUUUUCCGUCCACCUCGGGCAUCCCAUUGUAGUGUCUGCGAUAACUGCGUGGAGCGUUUCGAUCACCACUGUCCUUGGGUUGGAAACUGUGUUGGAAAGAGGAAUUACCGUUUCUUUUACCUCUUCACCAUCUCGUUGUCAUUCCUAACUGUCUACAUCUUUGCUUUUGAUAUUGUUCACGUGGCACUGAGAUCAGUGGACAAUGGCUUUUUAAACACGCUGAAGGACACACCAGGAACUGUGCUAGAAGUGGUGAUCUGCUUCUUCACAUUAUGGUCUGUGAUUGGACUGUCUGGAUUUCACACAUACCUUAUUGCACUCAAUCAGACCACAAAUGAAGAUAUUAAAGGCUCUUGGUCAGGUAAAAAUGGAAUCCAUAAUCCUUACAGCCAUGAGGGUGUAAUAAAAAAUUGUUGUGAGAUCCUUUGUGGGCCAGUGCCACCAAGUGUUCUUGACAGGAGAGGGGUCAUUAAAGAUGAGCCUGGUGUUUCAGUCAAUACUAAUGGAGUUGCAAAUACUGUUCCACAGACGAUGGCAAGCAGAGCUCUGUUGAUAUCCAAUGAGCAGGCGCCUGUAAAAGUAGGUCCUUUUGUGCCUGGGCAAAUGGAACCAGAUGCAAGAGAGACGGCAUCAUCACCUAAUACAAACAAGCCACUUCCAUCUCCACCAACAGCAGAUCUAAAUAUACAGUCUGGCACCACAGUCCUGCGGAGAGAUGCAGUGACGAAAGGAACAUAUCGAGGACAUGCCCUUUAGCUCCCGGACGAUAUUCAACAGAAGGUGCACAAAAUGUUGGAAGAUGGUUCUUCUAGCUACGUCAAGGUGCAAAUUGAAUUGACACUACAAUUUCCAUCAGAUCAGUAUUGUGUGUUUUAUAUGAAGAUGUUUUGGAAGUUGGAUAUGCUGUGAUGUCGCAUCAGACUGGAAUGUUAACGAAAAGGUCAAAUUGCUCAGAGACUUUUCAGGGCCAAUUUGCUUAUUCAUAGCCAAAUGUGUUCAUUCAGACAUUAGCAUUUGUUAUUUUAUGUCACAAGUACAAAAAUGUAGAAUGACAAAUGAGUUUCCCACAAAGAAGUGAUUGCUAUUGUUUUUUUGUUUAUUUCCCAUUGCACAUUGUAACUUCAUGAAAAUAACCGGCAGGACAAAUAUUAUGCGAAUAUCUCGCGUAGUAAUAUGCUGAGUUUCAUUUGGGUGCUAUGCAAAAUAUUGACAUGAUUAAAGUUCACCAGGGUACUUUCAUUAUAUCACUAGUUACAGGCAUGUUAUGAGUGCAACACAAUCUAUAUAAAGAGAGUUAUGAGUGUUUUCUUCCUUGUGUAUGUGUGUGUGUGUGUGUGAGAGAAUACUGGUCUCAUCAGAAACGUGAAUUUGAUGUUGGGUAAGUGACAUUGAACUUGGACCUGAACCUAUUUUAUCUGAUACAAAUUAAUGAAUAAUCUGAUACUGCCAUUGGAUGUUGUUUUCGUGAAACUACUUUUUUUCCCCAAAUACUGUUGUCGAACUACUGUUGCUUUACUCUGCAGAUUUUGAACCAGUUCACCCAUACUAUGAAAGCGUAUGAAAUAGCCUCCAACUUAAAAUAACUGGCUAUGAGAAAUGGUUUUUGAAACAUUAAACCUCUCCAUUCCUUUAUGAUUUUUAAAAUGGAGCUGCAGUUCCACUGCCUUGCACAUUGAAGGACUUUGUGAGCUUAAUGUGCAAAAUAUAGAAAGGAAGCAAAAAGAGACUGUUUUGAUGGGAAUCUGUUAAGGGCUUGUCCCACGAGCAUGCGACUCCAUGCGGCAAGCACGACCUAAAGGGCCUGUCCUACGAGCAUGCGACUGCAUGCGGCAAGUGCGACCUAACGUGGUCGCUUGAGCCGUACGGCCUUGCGGGGCCGGUCCCGUUCGAUCGCCGGAGCCGUAUGGAGUUGUACGGAGCUGAUCCCGACAUCGCGCGGGACUCUGAAAAUACUGGCCUUGUUCAAAAAUUCCUCACGGCAAUGGCUUACCGGCCCGCAGCCGCCUUGCACACCGCCUCGACGCCGUACGUCACACGCGAACUUCCCGCGGACUUCGCUCGAACUUCAUGUCACUCACUCGACCUCCGCGCGGCCCCCGCUUCUGGUUUGGUCGCGCUCGCCGCAUGCAGUCGCAUGCACGUGGGACAGGCCUUUUACAAAUGUCACAUUUUAAAACUUAACAAAUAAUUCCUUUUACUUGCUGCGAGAAAGUGGACAGGCCACUAAUAACCAAAAUAUGGUUUGGUGGUUCCAUUUAUAAUUUAAUAAAAACAAAUCUUUUUACUGCAGUGAAAGUAUGCACAAAAUGGUUUUCUCUUGCAGUGUUUUGAAUUAUCCAAAGUUUUGCAAGUUCUCUAGACUACUACAUUUCAAUAAGGAUCCAAGACAAAACUGUGGCCUCGGUCUUAAAGGCUGAAGUCUCAGAAUUCCAAACCACACUGGCGUGAAAUUUAAAAGUACAUAAGUGAGGCACAUAUACAGAGGUUUUAAGAUUGAAGAACAUGCUUUGUGCUCCCAAAUUUAUUUGAGCUGUCUACAGUGCCUUUGAUACUAAAUCGAACUGUUUCGAAAUUUGUGAUAUAUUUCAGAUUGAGAUGUGUGACAACAAUGUGUUAAAUGAGGUCAGUACUUUAAGGAUGAAACAUUGAUAUCUAUAGAAACAGUACAUUCAAUUGUGUUUCUCAUUUUUAGUGUAACUUUGUUAGUUUCUACAAUAUUUUAAUUGCACCAAUAGCAGAAAUUGCUGCAUGCUUUGAAUAAAAUAGCCCUCACUGUUAUCCACUGCAUAUAGAAAGACAGUUGUUCUGAAGUUGCACUGAACCAACAAAAAAAUGAUUAUUUCUUGAUACAUUAUAUUUAUAACACUCCAAAUAUAAACAAGAUUAUGGGAAGAAAAAUCUAGUUUCUUCUGAUUUUGAACCUUCCAAAAACAGAAGUAAUCAUAUCAGGAAAUCUGGCUUUGUGGCUGCAUUUGGAGUUAUGAACCAUUUAGAAUUUCAACCAAAUAAUUUGUACUGCAAUUGGAUUGUGUUGGAGGUAACUUUAUGUUUAUUGGCAGUGAGCCUGCAUUUUACCACAUACCCAUCAUUAAUAAAAUGUAGCAUUAUGAAAUGUAAGGUCUUGUGCAAAGGUUAGGUGGGGCUGACUCAAUUGCUAAUAACUUUCAUAUGAUAAUUUUGAUUAUUUAAUUAACAAAACUCAACGAUCUUUCAUAUCUGACAGCAGUUUUCAUUACUUCUCAUCCAGCUGAUAUAACAUGCCUGUGGUCUAAAUUAAUGAAUAUAAAUUGAACUGGUGUUUUAAAAGCAGCUUCAGACUGCAGAAGCUUUUUGUGUAAAGUAUAAUGUGUCCAUUUGAUAGUUGAUAAUUAACUUUAACCAUCUGUGCGAAAGCCACUGUAAAAUUAGAAUAUGAUAUGAUCAUUACUAACACUACAAACACACUGCUGAUCAAAUAAUGGAGAAAAAUUCAUAACAUAAUAGUCUACAUUGAAUUUUAUAUGUCAGUGCCAUUGAUACUUCAUUUAAAAAGAACCAAAUUAACACAUGCGUUGGCAAGCUAAUUUGUGAAUUCAAUACCAAAAGUGAAAUAAAUGACAUAGAUUUCCCCAAAUCGACAUGCUUUGUGGACUUUGAAAUAUCUGUUAGAGCCUGGUUUGAAAAUAAGGCUUGCUUUGAUUUUUGAAUCAUUUUUCCAUUCUUUCACCUUCCUACAGAAACAAUCAGUUCAGAUAAACAUGUAGCUGGAGUUGGACAAUAUGGGAAAGUUAGCGUAUUAAUGGAAAAGGCAUUCUCCAUUUCCAAGUGAGAAUUUCCCAUAUCCUGUACUUUGAUUAGUCUUCAGUCAUACAGGUCAUCCUGAUCAGAAACUGGACAUUUUUGGUUUAAAAUUUGAAGAUUAAAGAUCAGACAGUUGCAUAUAUAUGGAUGCUUGUUAGUCAUAUGGUAAGGCACCAUAGUUUGGAACAUAAAUGUAUGAUUAUUUGAAUUGAUAAAGACUCAAUGUACCAGGUUUAGUGGAAUAUUCUCCCUCAUCUCAGCUCUUCCACAAACAACCAUACAUCAUGAGUUGCAGUUGCAUUAGACACUAUGUUGGAAACACAGGUCGACACGUAAAAUCUACGUAGUUGAAAAUGAGGUGCAAACACUUUAAAUUUGGACGGUUUACCUAAUGGGGUAAGUUAUCUUUAAUAUUUAAGAUACUAACUGCUUUGACCAUGAAAACAUAAAAUAUACUUUGAAACAAGUUGGUGCAUACUUUAUGCCAGAAAAUGUUAACAUUUGACCCAUUGAUUUAAUGCGUAUAUUGAUACUUUGCAGUACUGAAAUGUGCCAAAUCAAUUGGGUCAAAUGUUAACAUUGGCAGUUCUUAAUUUUAUCAAAAAUUCUCACAAUUUGAUUAUUGAAUUUAUCGGGUUUUUUUUUUUCUCUUUUUGAGAAACUGUUGCUGCAAUGCUGUGAGAAUAUUUUAAAAGAAAAGCCUAAUGAUAAGAAAGGGAUUCAAAACUAGUUGAAUUGAGCAUGAUGCAAUAAAAUUGAAUGUGUGCACACUCCUUCAAAUGUUGCCUGUGUUAUCUGAUAACUUAAUAUUUGCAUUCCACAUUUUCUAUAUUAACGAUAUAGAUAUGAUUUAUUUAGCAGUGAAACCGGAUUAUUAUCUCCGCAAGACCUACCUGCAAUUACUUUUCCCCAUUUCAUAACUUACAGAAUAGUUUCUUUCUUCUUCACACUGGGGUUCUCUUUUCGGUCACUCGCCAUUUGCAUUCACAGUUCUGAAACGCCCUUAGCUCUCCUUUUUUCCCUCAUGGGUACACUAUAUCUCUUAUGGCUACCCCAAUCCAUCUAUUCAAUGUGAAGAAUGUUUCCGACCCAAAAUGCCACCUAUUCAUGUCCUCCAGACAUGCUGCUUGAUCUGCACAUUCAGCGCCUUGUUUUUCUUUGUUAACAACCAUCUGCAGUUUCUUGCAUCUUCAUGUUCUCUUUCUGCUCCAACUUCCCUAAUUCAUGUCAGUCCUCUAUAUCGUAUUGUGUCCAACAUCAACUUUUAGCCUUAAUUUUCCAGAGCUUCUCUUCCUUUCUGAAUCUUACAACGGCUUCAUUUUCCUUUACUUAGCUAUCUUAAACUCCUCCUCCAACAGGAUGAGCAAACCUGCCUACAAGAACAUUAGUUUCAGUGCUGUUGAGUUGCAAAUCAUCUGCCCUGUAUCAGUCUCGCUUUCGACUACUUUAUUCCUAAUAUCCCAAGGAUAUUAAAGCAAUCCCUCUAGUAUUCUCUCUCCAGUUGCACAUUCAUCAGCACCAUCCUCCUACUUCGAUACUCAUCUUUUUCUAAGUGAUUGUUUUUAGGAGAUUUAAACUAUUGAAGCACCAUUUACUUUAUAUUCUGUUUGUGCUAUUUAAAAGACCCAUGAACUAACACAAGCUACAUAAAUACAUAGAAAAUAGUUGCAGGAGUAGGCCAUUAGGCCUUUCGAGCCAGCACCUCCAAUCAAUGUGAUCAUGGCUGAUCAUCCACAAUCAGUGCCCCGUUCCUGCUUGAUUCCACUUGCCCUAAGAGCUCUAUCUAACGCUCCUUAGAAUGCAUCCAGUGAUUCAGCCUCCACUGCCUUCUGAGGCGGAGAAUUUCCGCAAAUUCACAACUCUCUAGAGAGUUGGUCCUUGUUUGAAAGUUUUAUGAAUGUAAGCUUUUACUCUCGAGGGUUAGAAUAAAUCUAUUCUUGAAGGGUACACCUUACAAAAGUAAUUUUGUAGCAGCAAUUAAAGCAGUAAUUUCCGCAGUAUUUAAAAACAGUCAAUGUUUGAAAGGAAAGAUUGUUCAAUUAUUUCUUAGAACAUUUACAUUGGAGAAAAGAUUACCACAAUAUAGGUCUAUGUAAGUUUUGGUAGAGAAUAUCAUGGGAGAUAUUAACUUAAAAAAAUUAUGGCCAAAAUUGGUAUUUUUUAAACUUUGCAAAGAGACUAACAUCAUAUUGUUAGAGUUCUGGCUUACAAUGUGCUCUUCCUCCUGUGUUAGUGUUUGUAUUUGGUUUUUGAAAAUUCAGUACGAAUGUGAAUUGAUGAUUCUGAGUAAUAAUCUCAUAUUUUUGCUCUAUUCCUUUUGAACUUUAAAUUUGCAUCAUGAGAGGAAAGAAAGAAAAGAUAAUUUACCUUGCACGUUUGACCUGCUUUGAAUAAUCAAGAAAAAAAUCACAUUCAAUUAAAUCCAAGGAAAUGUGAUCAGAUUUGGUCUUAGCUUCAGGUUUUUAUAGGCAAAGAGGAUGUUUAGGUGCAGAUAUGUAUAUAUUUUUAACUGCAGUUAUGCUAGCAAAUGUCAUCUGAUACAUCAAUUCCCAAAAGUCUAUUUGGAUUUUUACAAGGUGCCAAAAAUAUAAAUUGCUUAAAUGCAGAUCAUUCCAGAUAAAUGGGAAGCUUUAUUGCCAUCACCAUGUGUUGACUUAUAAACACUUCUGUUCCUUGCUAUUUCACUCAUUGUCAUGUUCUCACACAUGCUUACUUCCUUUUGUGUCUCUUUGUCCCUCUACCUACAGCAUCUCUCUGCCCCUUUGUUCCUUUCUGUUGUUGUUCCCAAUCUGAGUAGUAUAGGAUCCAGAUUUUUAGAGUGGUUCAAGUAUGUUAAAAGACUUGAUUAUGGAUCUGUUUUAAAAUAUUUAGCAGAAAAAAUAUGAAUCUAUUUAUCUGAACGGAGUACCAAUUUUUUUUCUAAGCGGGUUGAAGUUAUAAAUAUUGUAGAGUAUUUACAAAGCAUGCAACAUCAGUGUCUGGAUGUAAUUACAACUGUGUUUGAUUUUUCUUUUCUUUAUGCAAUGACUUGGAGUCAUACAGCUCUGAUCACAUAUGCACUUUAUAAUAGACUUCAAUGAACAGUUUUUGGCAACAAAACCUUGUGCUAAAUUGUUUUUCAAAUGCAUAAUCUUUAUGUACAGAUGGAACAAAAGACAUGGCCAGUUUUUUUAAAGCAUCAAAAAAGUCAAAUGGACAAAAAUAGUUUUGUCAGACAUCAUGUUUUACAAAUUAAUUCAUAGUUGCAAUUUUCACUGCACAUUUAUGUCAAAUGAAAUUAUAAAUUGUUUUAAAUGAUUUGAAGAAAACCAAUACGUCAUUGCAAAAUGUGAGAAAGAUGUUCUUCCAUGUCCUAAAGGACAUGUUUAACAGAUGAACAGACCCACCUUCCCAUUUGAGCCAGAAAUAUUCUAUUAUAGGCAAACCCAAGGCAAUCUGCACAAGAUUGACUUUGUGCGUACAAACACACACACACAAAUGCUCACCUUUCGUAGUUCCCGCUUUGUGCCAAGACAUUAGGAGUUGAGAAGAGGUCCAGUGGGGACAGUGUGGAGUGUGGUUGAAAAUUAAUUAGUGGGAGCAUGGAAGACAUCAGCAGCAAGGACUAACUAAACAAGCUAGGGAUAUGUGUGCUAGGCUCAGUAGAGAUGGAAUAGGUUGAUGUUUUUCCCCAUAAGUAGCAAGAAGCCGUUCUUGCCAUGAAUACUUUCUGCAUAUAUUGUGCAUGUUCAGCUACUUUGCAUAUGUUUUACAGCCUGUGACCUGUACGCGAUGGACUUAAUAGCAAGGUGAAAGAAUCUCUGGGCUGUGAGAUGACUUGUAUGUCACUUCUUCCAUGUCUCAAAGGAUUUUAACAAUUUUUUUUUCCAUAGUGAGGAAAGUUGUAUAUUUUGAAAAUAUUCUGGUUUGUGUAAAAUAUUCUUAGUUCGUGUAAAAUGUUUCUAUUUUGUUUCAAUUAUUAAAUCCUUCAACCAUUGAAUAAUUAACCAUCCAUUUUAUAAGUUUAGAUUUGGAGGGUGCAGAGUAAGCUCUAUGUUGGCAAUUUGAGGAUAAUCUUUCUAAACAGCAGCAGUUUUUCUGCAACACAAAAUUCUAUGUCAGUUUUCUCCAAAUGAGUUUUACGGAGGAUGUCUUGUAGCAGUCCAGAAUGACCAAAAUGAUUGAUUCUUCAAUUUUUAUUAAAUAUUAAUCAAAGUCUUUAUUUGCUGCCUGUAAUUAAACUGAUCCCCAAGUUUGCAAUUAAUUUAAUAGUGUGAGCAUUAUCUUUUCAUUGCUGCGGGUCGGACAGAACACUAGAACAAGAUGCGUUCCUGAUGUGUAGGUGUUAUGCAACUUGUCUAAGAUAAAAACAAGACUGCAUGCAGAGUAUUGUUUUAAUACAAAUUAUCAUCAGAUAAAUAUAGACAACUCCUAAACCAAUGCUAAAAUGGGAUGUUAAUGGAGUAUAACAGAAGUUGAAAAGAUACAAGGAGGCAGGAUGGUGGAAUGUUAGAUGGCAACUGUGCUUAAAAGGCACUUAUUCCAAAUGAGUGAUGCUCAAUAAGCCAUUCAGUUUGCCUGUUGUCAGGUCAUGAUAUGUCUGUUGUCAGGUUAUGAUAUGCAAUGUAUAAAGUGAAAGCUUGAUGGUUCAAUCUACUUCUGCCCCCUUCAGUUAUUGCCAGCUAUCAUCCAUUAUUGUUCCUCCAGAACACAUUAAAUAAUUACCAAACCACAGACUACAAAUGUUAUCUGUACCCUAUUUUGGUCAGUUGGAGCAUGUAUGGGUUUGCUUAGAUGUACUGAUAGAGAUAUUCAUCUCAUUAAAUCAGUGAACAGAUUUGCUCAUCUGGAUAUUCAAGAGCAUUUGCCCCAAAGGUUCUGCUUGAUUAUCCAGUUUGCAAUGUGAAAAUAACCCUCCCUCUAUCAUUCCAUGUGACUUUAAAUGCCUUUUACCUCAGGUUUAACUUUUUUGUUUAGUUAGUAAUAAUAUGUGCUGCUGUCUGGAUAAAAUGUGUGAAACUAAAUGCAAAAAAGAAAAUCAUUUUUGUAUUCAUUAUUUAUAAAGAAAUUUACUGUUUUAGAAAAUUGUUCUAUGCCUUUUCAAUAUUCUGAUAGUGACUGUUAAUUUAUGAUUUUCAUUUGCCAUGUAUUCCUUUUCAACCAAAUUAAUGUAACUAACUGUCUAUAAAUACAAUUCUUGUACAUUA